AUGUUAUAACAGCACCCAUAUUUAAAUUAGCCAGAAAAUGUUGCCAAUAAAUACAAUAAGCCCAUCAAUUUGAGCCAACAACUUAGUUUUUCUAAAAGUUUACCUGGUCAAGGAGUGUUACCAGAAUAAAAUUAUGCAACUCCUUAAUGGCAGAAAUAAAUGAACCCAUAAUUAUCAAAUCAACAGCCAUAAAUUUAAACUAUCCAAUCCAAAUAUAUUCCCCAACCGUAGACCAUUAUUUAUCAAGGUUAACCAACUUAUGUUUAAUAACCUCAAUAAUAAUUUGUACCCAUAGCUUAUCCUCAAUAAUAAUAAUUCAGAUAAAGUUCCCCUCCAAGAAUAAUCAAGAUGAAUUAAUAGCCAUAAUAAGCAUAACCAAUCUACCAAUAACCAGAAGUAAGAAUUCCAGAAUAUUAUCCGCAUCCUCCUAUUUACUAUGAUGACCCACCUUUCUAUGAAGAACCUAUUUAUUACCCUCCUCCACAAAAAUCAAUUAAACUACCUCCUCCUCACAUUGAUAAUUAUUUUAUUCCUAACUAAGUUAGUUACAUAAGGAAUCUUGAUGAUGGACCAAACUAUCCAGAAUACCCUUUUAAGGUAAUGGAUAUUCNUAUAAAUAUAUAAAAUUAUAAAAAAUUAGUAAACUUACAUAAGGAAAAAUUUAAGAAAUGUUUUAUAAAAAGGGAUAUGUCUUGA